AUGUUGGGCUUUACAGUCGGCAGCGAGAAUCUCGUGCGUGCAGCUGGGUAUAAUGAUCGUGCCGUAGCACGGAAGACGCAUUAUCUUCGUGCAAAGGUGCUGUAUGAUGCGGAUUAUGAGACUGAUCGCAUGAAUCUUGUGGCGGUUUUGCUUCUACUUGGGUUCUGGUGGGCUGGUUAUGAGGAACAGAAGGAUACGUGUUAUUGGGUUGGGUGUGCGACGACUGUUGCACAGUCUUUUGGGAUGCAUCGCUCGACAUCGCAGUGUGUUUUAGGUCCGCAAAUUAGGUCGCUGAGGAAGCGCAUCUGGUGGUCGAUCUAUGUCCGUGAUCGUCAUACCUCUGCAGCCUUUGGUCGACCAUGCCGCAUCCGAGAUGAGGACUGCGAUAUUGAACCCCUUACCGAAGAAGACUUCAACUUUGACGUUGACUAUGACGAAAGACUCAUACCAGCCCAAAGAAACUUCCACAUUUCCUACGCCCUUGAGAUGUCAAAAUUGGUAAUUAUACUGGGAGACAUCCUCAUUGCGGAGUUCAGUCCUCGACGGGCCGCGAGGGGAUCCGAUACAAAAGAAUUGGCAGAUAGACUCGUACAAUGGAAGUCUAAACUACCGGUCCAACUACGAGAAUUGCAACCUGAUGGAUCCUUAGGUGCAUCUUUCUGGGCUAGCAUGCUGCAUUUCUCAUACCAAAACUACCACAUCCUUCUAUUCCGACCCAAAGCCAUCGAAAACCUAUCACCAGCAGAAGUUGAAAGGGACGUCCGGGCACGUACAGCCGCUGACACCAUCACGCGAAUGGCCGAAGACCUCUUAUCCGCUGGAACAAUCAAGUCCGCGCAAAUCCACCUCGUCCCAGCAUUAUUCGGUGCCCUCUCAAUCCACACAAUCGUCAUCUGCCGCUGUCGAAAAGACCCCGUCCGGCGCCAAGUCGCCGAGAACAAGUCGCGGCAGUGCAUGCUGGCAUUAAGUGUGCUGGCGAACUCGUGGCCGGUCAGGAUUUGGAUUUCGAAGGCAUUUGUUAAUUUGAUGAGAAGAUUGACGGGGCAGGGUUCGGGGUCUGCGGGUUCGAUUGUUAAUGUGUCGUCUAGCAUUGCGACGUCAUCAGAGCACUCGGGUUUGCAUGCGGAUAGCGCUGGAGACUCUUCUCAUGACAUUGACGGAAAUAGUCCUGAUAGGCGUGAUCCAAGCGCACAGGUCACCGACUCUAACGCACCCGACUACUUUCCACCAACCGCAGCUGAUCAACUUAUCUACGAUCCCUUCUCGGCUGGCUACGGUUGUCUCGACGGCAUGUUCGAUAUCGAUUCAAUAUUACCUAAUAGUCUGGCCUUUGAUGGUCUUGGUGAGAUCGGGGAGCCAAACGCUUCGGAUUUUUAG